GGAGCAGACAGUUGGUUAGACUAUGGCAAUGGAGAGAGGAGGCCGCCUCUGUUCCGCGUUGCGCGUCAUCUGACGUGUGAGGAUCCGACGAAGGAAAGCGGCGGCGGAAUCCGAACCAUUGUUGUUGAGCACGGCCCACCGCACCCUCGUAGCGAGCCUGCGUCAGGCUACCUAGGCCACAGUGGUAGCUCAAAGACAAGCAUGUCGCAGGACGACAAGACCCGACUGUUCUGCGAGCGGGAUCUUGGUAGAUGAUUGUGGGUGGGCAGUGGGUAUCGAGAGGAAUGAGAACGAGGCAUGGGGUCGCGGUUGAAGGAGAGAAAGUGUCAGCCGAUCAGCCGCCAGCCACACGACUCCACUCGACCGAAUUCUGUCAACAUCCUACUCUCAUUCUCACAUCUUCCCACUCUUCCACUCCCUCGCUCUCUUACUCUCUCCCCCAUCAUUACAUGCCACGCUCACUCCCGCGAUCUCGUUCCUCCGUCUCCCCAUUCUGCACUGUCGCAGGUUGCGAACAGCUCGCCUCCGGAGUCACGCACUGCGGGAGGACUCUCUGCCAGGAGCACGCCGUGCCCAAGUACCACCCAUGCUUGUUGCUUCCCACGCCGUGGACGGUCGUGCAAGGACAACCACCCGUUCUUUGGCCUCAUUGCGCAAAUUGUCGAUGCACCGAUCGUCGCCGAUGCGCUGGCGUUACGCCCAGAAGCCACAUCGGCAUCGCUGGAGCUCCCCACCAUCCCCGAGUACAUGAAGGAGUACCGCGGACACAUCAAGUGGAUGGGGUACCGCAACAUUGCCCUCACACUUACCUUCAAUGAUGGUGUGCGGUGGCUUGCGCGCGUGCGUCUUAACGACAUUUACACACCCGCUGUGCGCCGCAGCAUCAUGCUUAGCGAGUACGCCACACUCACUGCGUUGCAAGAGGCGCUCGGCAAGCUGGUCCCUCGUGUAUGGCUCCCGCCCCAAGACUCCUCGAACGACUUCACUUACAUGUUCAUGGAGUUCGUGGAGGGCAAGUCUCUCCACGCAUUCUUCGAUGCGCAGGCCAUUCACCAAAUGGCGCCGCCCGUCAAGGCCGCCGUCGGCGAUUAUGCUGAUAUCAUGAUCAAGCUCGCGAAGCGAUCAUUUACCGGAGUCGGCUCGCUCUACCCCACACAGCCUUCCGGGUUCACUGUCGGCCCCGUGCUUUCAGACAUCCGAGGGAGUGUGCCGACCAUCGGGCCAUUCCGCAUAAGUCAGGACCUGCACCUCGCCCGUAUCGACCACUACCUUAACAUGGUUCAAGUGACGCCACUGCGCCCUCCCGAGCUUGCUGGCAAUCCCGUGCGCAUUCUUCGGUACCUUGUCGCACUGGAGCUGCGCGACCUUGUGCGGGGGUGCGCUGAGAUGGCCCGCGAAGGAGCGACGUACAUCAAGCACACUGAUGAUGCUGCACACAAUAUGCUCGGUGUGGACGGACGCAUUAACGCAAUCAUCGAUUGGGAAAUGGCGCUUAUUGUGCCUUUCGCGGAUGCUUUUAGUGCACCACUUGCAUUCCUCCCGCUUGACGAGACCACACUCGAGCAGAAUGGCCUCACCAAGGCUGAGGAGGCGCUCGUAUCUGAGCUCGAGGGGCGUGGGCGACCAGACAUCGCCAACGCCGUUCGUGGCGGGCGUAAGUACCAUUGCCUUCUGCGGCUGGUAGACGGCCCUGCUAUCCCUGGAGCCGCAGGCGGGAUCACCCUUGGCUCGAUCUGGGGCACUCGACUGGCGUUCCAGGGCCUCGAAGCGGGCGAGAAGCCAGCCUCCCUCGAAGACUGGUAUGCCGACGCCUUGGCGCAAUACGCCAAUGAGCCGGGACUCGAGGCGACGAUUGAUGGCCUGGUGCAUUGGACGACGUUGAACGUGGAUCUCACCACUGCAGCUUGCAACGAAGUCGAGGACCACAUGUUGACUCUGCGCGAGCUGCUCAACUCCGCAACGACCGAGUCGCCAAACACCAUUGCAAUCGAACGCGAGAUCCGCGGUAUCAUCAAAGCAGUGAAGCAGGCGAAGCGAGCGGCCAACGCAGCAUCGCGCUUCGCGGCUGACUGCCGAGCGGCGGUUGGACCUGCACAGAAGGCCAGUGCCAAGGUCCACGCGUCGCAUGAACAUGGCUUCCGCAAGAUUGUUCAGUCGUUCGGACACAUGCUGCACCCUCGCAAGAAGGACAAGAAAGACCGCAACACGGAGCUUUGGCGAGUGCGCUCCAGCUCGCCCAGCCGUGUGCACAGUGCACCGGUUUCUGCACCCGGCUCGCGACGGGGGUCCGCUGACGUCACUGCGGCACUCCUGUACUCGACCAACAGCGGCAGCAGUUCGCGCCGUGGCUCUUUGGCGGAUGGAUUCCGCAGAGUCUCCAGUCGCACACUCGACGACAUUGCACACCGCCUGGAGGCGGCUGCUGAUCGUGCCGACAAAGCUGUGCGCGAUGCCGAAACCAUGUCAAAGAAGGGAAUGGCUGUCGUUGCGGGCGCUAGAGAUAAGGUUCCACAGGCGGACGGUCUUCUCACGGGCGAGUGGGAUACUGGCUAUUCGUCUGCUUUGUCUGACUAAGGUCGACGAGGAGAGCGAGCAUUGCCUUCAGUUUUGUAUAUUAUACAAUGCAUGGUUGUUAAACCCUUGACAUCCUCUGAU